UUUCUUUAAAAAAAAAAGAUUUGCUUAUUUUAUGUAUAUGAGUCUUUAGGGUCUUCAGACACACCAGAGGAGAGCGUCAGAUCCCAUUACAGAUGGUUGUGAGCCAUCAUGUGGUUGCUGGGAAUUGAACUCAGGACCUCUGGAAGAGCAGUCAGUGCUCUAACCACUGAGCCAUCUCUCCAGCCCCAGUUGUAUAUUGAGGCCGCCAUGAUGUGAAGACUUUCCCACCCGUGCUCAUUAUCGUCAUCAUUAAAUCUCCAGUGUUGCCUGACUCUGCCUUAAUCUCCGUUCCCUCUAGUGCUGUGGUCCUCAACCUUCCUCAUGUUAUGACCUGUUAACACAGUUCCUCAUGUUGUGGCGACCCCCAACCAUAAAAUUGUUUUCAUGGCUACUUCAUAACUGGAAAUUUGCUGCUGUUAUGCAUCCUAGUGCAAAGAGCUAACAUGCAGGAUAUCUGACAUGCAACCCCUGUGAAAGGGUCGCUGCAUCCCCAGAGGGGUCGUGCAUGACCCACAAGGUUGAGAACCACUGCUCAUGCUUGCAGUAUCUCUUCUGUCAGCUUUCAUUGCCGUUAGAGGCGAGAGUGGACAUUUCUAAAUACCCCUCAAUGUAAGUUAAAAACAAACUACACAGAACGUUGAGGAUGCAAUAGAGUGCUUGCCUACCAUGUAUAAGUUCUUGGGUUCAAUCCUUAGCACCAUGAAGAAGAGGGAGAUAGGGAGAGGGAGAGAAAGAGUAAGUUGCAAAGGCAGUAUUUCCACUCAUUUCUAUCUUCUGGAGAUGUUCUGGAAAGAACGAUGUGAUACUUUGGUUACUGCAGUGAUCAAUAUGCAGGACAAUAGAACAAUGGCUGAUUAUUUCACUAAUGAACCUUUCCCCAAGGCCUGCACCAUUUAGUCUACUAGCUGCUAACAUUUAAAUAGGAACUCAAGAAGUAAACCUCUACUCUAAUUGCACUGGCCUCCUUUCAAACUCUCCGUGGUCAUACGUGUCCAGUUUCUUGUGUUGGACACCACGGAAUAACUCUCUGCCAUUCUUUCAUUUCUUUCUGGGUCACAGUCUUUUGUAAAUGCCUCAGAGUGAUUGAGGCUUCAUGGAACGGCUGUUAUUCUUAGGAUAAAACAGUACUGUAUAGUUUAAGUAGGAAAUGUAAAAAACACUAACAUCUCAUAAUGGGUCUUAGGGUUUUCUUGCUUCCUUCUUCCUUCUUUUCUCACUUUCUUUUCUCAGGGCUUUGUGAGUAAUUGCAAAGUAGAAGAAGUUUCCUUCUCUUUAAAAAUUAGAAUAGCUCAAAAACCCAUUAAAGCUGGCUCCCGUGAGUUCUGGUUUAUGUCCAAGGUUACAGGUUAUGCUCUAUAACUGAUGUCUACUUUUGCAUCUCAGACCACUUUCUUAUAUAAUAACACUAUAUAUGAGUCAUGUAUUAAUCUAUUCUUGAAACGAAAAUACUAUUCGUGUAAAUAUAUGCAAAUAGAAUUUGCCUGUUCUCGUUUUAUUUUAUCUGGUAAAUAUUCUCUCUAAAUAAGAUCACAUUUGCUGGGAGCUAGAAUUGCAGGCAAGUAUCACCAAAGCAGGAAGAUACAGAAGUUCAUCGCCCUCCAUAGUUUCAUCAUGAAUUUGAGGCUAGCAAACGUGAUCUCAUUUAGAAAGUUGAUCUAUGCAGGCAUAAUAAAAUGAGGCUAGGACAGACUGGAAGUUCAUUAUGACUGAAGGUCCAUAAGAGGGAGACUAGGCUGAGGGACACAAAUACACUAGACAGUGAUGUGUUUUCCCCAGUCUUACCUGGGAUCCCUGCAGCCUAGAGAUGGACUUUUAACAGCCUGCUCCUCUGAGAUCCCAAAGUGUAGAAAAUUCGGCAUGCACCUCAUUUCAGACCUUCUGACCAAUGAGGGAAUCACAUCCGAUCUUUGUAAACCACCCAGUGUUUUGGACAUUGGUAAGGCAGUACUAGGCAGAAAUAUAAACAGGCUGUGUUUAAUCUUUAGAGGCCAUAAUAACGUUUAUUACCGAGCGAUGUUCUGUGUUACUCCAUUUAAGAAAUGAUGAGACCAUCGUUAGAAGUUUAUCACAGGGUAUAACUUUUCCAAACAACUGCUGGUGUACCAUAGAGCACGGCCUCUUGGGGAGGCGGAACACAGGGAGUUUGACUGCGUUUACCCUUGGCAGGGGUGGGUGCUGGGUGGUAGGGAAUCUGUGAAACACUGCUCCAGGGAUGGGAAAGCAUAGUCUGAGGUGUGGAAAAGCCAGAGAUGAUUAGGGUUUGACCAGGGUCCCAGAAGAGCAGGGAAUGGAGUCAGGGGCUUGCAGGCUGGGGACAGGGUCUAGCCCAGGCCUGGGAGAAAGGGGGUGCUCCAGCUUGUCCCAGUUGGUAAUUGUCCUUAGCUUGGUGGAGGCAGGCUUGGGAACGGUUGUGGCUGAGAACCUAGAGAGGCCUUCUGUGAGAGAAUUAAGCUGCGGCUCUGUAGUCAAACACCUUCUCCACAGCUUCCCACAGCGGAUAUUUGAAGAAAGUCAGUCCAUGGUGCUUAAAUGUGUAUUGGUUGUUCGUGGCAGAAAAUGGAUGAAGAGUAAUGUACCAUACCCAACUUCUCAGGGCAGGCCUAAGAUUAAACAGCUUUUGCGAGGAGGAAUGUCUGGGAAGGGAAGCUUAUUGGCUAAGCCCUCUGGGCCUCUAGGUACCUCAUGAGCAUGGAGAACUCUGUUUUAGGCCUAUGUGACCAUAGGACACGUUUCUUUUAUGUGAGGAGCGGGUCAGGAGUCUGGCAGGGAGCUGGGAGUCACCUUACCCUCAAGUGUCUAGUCUCAACCUGUUCUACCUUACCAAGUUUCCUGGCAUGGUCUUACAUCCCACUAACAACAUUUACCAUUACUCAGACCUCAGCUUGUCCUCAACCUCCCUUCUUUACUGUUCCUUAUAACUCGUUUUAUAUAAAGAGUUUCUAAUCGUUUAAAAUCAAUAUUUAGUUGUUGAUUAUGUCAAUGAGUGCUUUGCCAGCAUGUAUGUGCGCCAGAUUCAUCCAGGAUCCACGGAGAUCAGAAGAGUGGGUCAGAUCCCGCUAGAGUUGGACUUACAGAUAACUGUGAGCUGCCAUUGUGGGUACUGGGAAUUGAACCCGGAUCCCCUACAAGAGCAGCCACUGCUCCUAACUGCGGAACCAUCUCAUCAGCCUCUUGCUGGUUUAUUAUCCCCAACACUCACUCCAGUUUGUAUUUAAAAUUAAUUUCUACUGUUCAAACUGCCUUUUUUUUUUAUGUACAGGAUAUGUCUUGUAGCAUCAUAUUCUUUUACUAAAAAGAACCCUGGGCAACAGUUCAUUUAAGAGAAGGCUACUGAAGCCAGGCGACUUUCUGCCUCAGGGGGCGGGGCUAGGAAGGUAACAGAGAAACAAAGUCUCUUGACCUUUUAAAGAACAUGGAUUUAUUUCAGCAGACUUCUCAGCCCAGCGUUUAACAACACAACUGCCAAAACCUUAGGGAAGAUUUCAUCCUUGUCUCUGUUUUGUCACCUUUCCCUCCCCACCCCCCAUCCCCCGAACAACAUCUCCCUCAGUUGUAAGACUCUAUUAGUUGUGAGACUUAAACAGUUCUGGAGUAAGGAGAACUGAAUUUCAUUGUUUUCUUAGAGUCUGUAAAAUCAAACCAAAGUAUUUUAUAACUGUAAUGGGUAGGUCCCCGGAAGGGUUUGAGAGCACAAUUACUUUCGUACUUUUGGGCCAAGCUUCUGUCAGUUUGGAGGUUUCUGAGUCUAGAAAGUGCCUUUUCCCUGAAGGCAGGAUUACUAGAACUCAUGCACGCACGCACGCACGCAGGCACGUAGGAACGUGCACACUCCCUUCUUUGGUGAGAAUCACCUUAUACUUGGAAGAUGAGGGCUGAGAUUCAAGAAAAUAACGCAUCUCUUAUUUCUGUCCCCCAAGCCUCCAAACCUGUUGCCACAGCCGCCCACCUUGUUUUCUUCCCGUCUAUGAGGUCCUCGGAGAAGGAAACCAAUCCCUGGCGAAGCUGGAUUGCGGCCAGCCACGGUGUAACUCUUGAUAGGUGGCCAGCUCCCGCCUUCCUGGGUCUUACAACAGUGUCCUCUGUGCUGGCUGUCUUUCACAACUGGAGUUCUCGAGUUUAUAAUACUCUCCUCUUAAAGGCCAAAGGAAGGAAAAUUCUUUAGGGAACUUUAACGUCUCAAAGCCUCCUAAAUAUAAAACCACAAUCAGAUUAACAAAUGAGCACAAACUGGCAUCAUCUGCAUCUAACACGGUACCAGGCUAACUUGUUGGAUUCUAGGUUGGGACUUGUUUAUUUUGCCCUGAUACUAAGGAAUAACAGAGGCCGGGCAAUGUGGAAAUGGGUUCAGACCCUCAGUUCAAAUCCCAAUGAUGUGUCUGCUCCUCUGGUCUCCCUAGUUAGAGUGGAGACUUUCAUUGAGCUUCAGUUCCCUGUUUCUAGCUCUGAACCUGUGGGUCUCCACCCCUUUGGAAGACAGAAUGGCACUUUAACAAGAGUUGCCUAAGAGCAUCAGAAAACAGAGAUAAUUUACACUAUGAUUCACAACGGUAUCAAAAUUACAGUUAGGAAGUAGCAAAAUUACAGUUAGGAAGUAGCGAUGAAAAUAAUUUUAUGGUUGGGAGGGAUCACCGCAACAUGAGAACUGUAUUGAGAAGUUGCAGCAUUAGGAAGGUUGAGAACCAUGGUCUAUAAGGUGGGAGUGACUGCCUCAAGGGUGUAAAGUUAUGUGAAAUAAUUGGAAAACACCUAGCAUGUGCCAGGCACGUAGUAAGCACUCAGCAGCGAGUCUUUGGUGAUAUGGGGGUUUCCUCAAAACUCCUCACAGACCCUGAUAAUUCAGUUUGCUUCCGACCUUCCGUUUAAUCAACACAUUUCCUUUGGAUUUUUCAAAGCAGUUGACAGGCAGGCAGCAGACCUCCUAAUACGUAAGAACAUUUUGGGACUCUUAGUUAUUUGUUGAUGCUGGGUCAGGACACUGAGCACGGCCUUCCACAAUCCCUCACCAGAUUUUUGUUUCUUAAGCAUGUGUUCGAACGGUACCUUAAGUACCUUUUAAAGGAAAGCUGCAGAAGCAGAUGUGAACUUGCUUUUUGUUUUGUAGACGAACCAGUUGCAUAGAAUAAUAGGUUUGUGUUUAAUGAUUCGUGGUAAAUAUAUUAGGUACAGAGAAAGAGCUUAACAAGGCAGAAGAAGGGGGAAUCAGCCUCGCUCUAAUGAGCAUGACCUUGAAGGCGUCCCCGCCGCGCCCUCCUUCCUCUCUUUCUUGUUUGGAUCGUUUCAAAUGAUAAGAAAAGUCGUGACUUGAACAUUUCAAGUUUCAAAUAAUUCUAAAAGCCUCCAAGGCCAGUGUGGGCUGUCGUGAACUCUCUGCUUGGAGUUUUCGUGAGAUGGGUCGCUCAGAGCUCGGAAGGCAAAAUAAUCUUCACAAGGGGAAACAGGUCAGCCUUACAUAACAGAGUGACCGUUUCCCUCCCAAAGUCACCCAUAGCCCUUCCCUUUACACCCAUCCCUGUUCUUAACAUUGAUGUGGAAGUGUUUGAACCAGCCAAAAUGCCUCACCAGAGGUCAGCUUUCAGUGGACGUAUGUAUCCAAGUUCAGACACAAAACCUUCUCUAAAUUUGUCCAUUUUAUGGGCAUGUAAUGUGUUCCCAAGAAGAACAUUAUGGACCCAUUUCUCCCAUAGUGACCUAAUGCCAAGUUAAACGUAUCUUCAUCGUUUCUAAAAAUUUCUGGGCAGCCACAAUCUUAAAAAUAUUUGUAUUACGUAACUUCUGUUUUAUUACCUCAUUCCCAAAGGACUGGUUACCACUGCGAAGCGGUCCAGCGUUCUCUAAAUCUUAAAUGCUGUGUGAAUGAAUACGCAUUCACAUAUACCAUGGUAGUGCAUGUAUGGCCCUAGGAAGACAACUGUGGGAGUCCACUCUCUGCUCCCACCUGCUCUCUCACCUCAUCUCAUCCUUAGGAUGUCCCAGCACUCUGAACAAAACCAGCAGCUCCAGUCAGAGCUGCAGCUUUAGUGGGCCAUAGGGUUGGGCCUGUCUUGGACAGUGGAACACAGACAUGUGGAAAUUGCAUAUUUGUUGGAAAGCAUAUUUAACCAAAAAAUUGCUUCGGUUAGUUGAGGAAAACUCAUACCACCAUUCUUGGGCAACAUAAUAAUUACCUCUGGGCUUUACAAGGGGCAUCAGAACAAUCAUCUUAGUGGUUCCAACUACAGCCACUUAGCCCCCUUCUUGGUUUCUUCUUUGUCCUUAUGUUCAACUUGCUUUUUUUUUUGUUUGUUUGUUUGUUUUAUUUAUUAUCAUCGAUUCCUAAAUGAUCCUUAAGUCUUCCCCAGUUAUAAAAUGUUUUCUGUUGCCCACAUCGAUUAUGGGACGUCCAGUUGAUGAUGUCUUUCAUGAGACCUCUCUUGUUCCGGCCCCAUUCUUAACUAACUGCUUCAGGUGCAUCCUGAGACCUCUCCUUACCCUCUCCUCCACACUCUCCCUUUUCUGGAAGAGCGUGUGUCAUUGGUCAAGAGGGUCAUUGGUCCCUCCCUUGAGAGUCUACCAGUCACUUUUAUUAUGCCCUAACUGUACAUAGCCUCAGGGUUUGGGGGAUGUCCUAGGGUUUGUAGGCUGGACGAGGCGAAGUGAGAAGGAAAAGGAACAGCUCUAUGGGUAAGCUCCAUGCUGGGUGAAGACUUUCUGGUGCAGCCACCUGAGGACUGAUUGCCCGCCUGCAUGCCCUCCAGUAGCCCCUCCCCCGUGCUAUGUAAAUAAGCCCGGAGGACUCUUUGGUUUCUAGUGGACCCUUUUGUGGGAUCAUAUCAUACCUUGGUUCGCCAUUGGGGCCUCAUAAGGAAGGGAUAGAUGCCAUCUAUACCUCCCCAGGAAAAGAAUUUCUGAAAAAAGAAAGUCACGUUAGUUUCUUUCUGCUGCUGAGUCUAAUCAGCACAAUCUCAGUAACUUAACACAAUUUAUUGUUUUACAGCCCCAGAGGUCAUAAUUCUGAAACAUGUCUCAAAAAAGCCAAAAUCCUGAUGUCGCUAGGACUGCACGCCUUUUAGAAGCUUGAGGGAGUAAUCCGCUUGUUUGAUUUCUUUUAGCUUCUAAAAGUUACCAUUGUUCCCUAGGUCACAGUUCCUUUCUUGGUCUUCAAAGCCGGUAGUGUAGCAUCUUCCAAUCUCUGCAUCUGACUGUUGGCUCCUCUUGCCUUUACCAGAACCGUUGUGAUUUUAAGGGUCCCACCUGGGUAACCUAGACACCCUUCCCACCCACCAAUCCCUCAUGGAAAUAACUGCAAAGUCCCUUUUGUCAGUAGGGUUUUAUAAACUAGCCACAGAGUCUAGAAGUUUAGAGAACUAUAUCUCUUGGGGGGCCAUCAUUCUGCCUUCUAGGUGUUAUUUCCUCUUCUCAGCCUUCAGGAAAGAGAUUAGCAUGACAUUCUCUGAAAUGCUAUUUCUUGAAAAUAUCUUCAUUGUUACCUUCAACAGACGCUUGGCAGGAUAUAGAAUUCUGUGUUGGAAAUCUGUUAAUCAGAACAGGAGAGUGUGAUUAAAAAACAGUCAUCAACCCCAGCGUCUCAGAAGCUUCACAUACUAGACUUUGUUUCUUGGAAGACCCUGUGUGAGCCCACUGACUCUUAGGAGAGGUCUCUUCACGGGCUAGCUCACGGCCCCCAGGUUGUUUCCAUCUUGUAAUCAUCCAACAGGAGAUCACUAGGGCAGUCUCUUUCCUGCAUCCGAAAUGUGAUACAGUGGUGGGGUAGGCGUGGCUGGCUGUCAGGUGGGCAUGGCUGGGAAGACAAGCAAGCAGGCAAGCGCCCCUGAGCAGUUCCUGCCCCCUAUCUCAGGGCCAUUUCCCCAGCAAACUGUGAAAGUCUUCAUCUAUUUUACUGUAUUUCUCAGCAUUUCUGUUAAGAAUAUUUCUAGGUGCUUUAUCUGAAAAUCCAAUCUGUCUCUAUGGAAGCUGUUAUUCUUAGUGUUCGGAAAGUUGAUGGUUUCAAGCCCAGGGUGUGUCAUUUUCACAUCCUCAUCCAGAUACUCCGUGGAUUUCACAUCCUGGAGAUGGGUGUCCUGGGAGACGAGCUUACUUAUUUUUACUGCGUCCUUUCUCCUCCUCAGGUUCACUCUCUGGUUUUCUGGCCGUUUCUUACUUGCAGACUGAUUUUCCGGGAAGAACUGGCCACGAGUCUUCUUUUCUUUUCUUUUUUCUUUUCUUUUCUUUUCUUUUCUUUUCUUUUCUUUUCUCUUCUUUUUUCUUCCUUCUUUCCUCGUCCUCCUUGUUUGUUUGUUUACUUUGUCUACUCACCGUAGUAUCCAAAAAAACUUCUUAAUGUGGUUAAUCACCAUCUGCUCACUCUAUUUCUAAUUUCUAAGAGCUGCAAUGUUAUUCCCUAAACUUUGCUGGUCGCAGAGUUCUUGGGUCCCACACAGGGACAUUUGGUAAAUUUAUUUUAAAAGGUUAGUCUUGGAUAUUUUAUUAUUCUUGGCUGCUAUUCUUACUGGAAUCUUUCUUAUUCCACAAUAUUUCAGGCUGAUUGUUAUGCUAGUUAAAAAAAAACUAUUAAAUUUUGUGGCUUACGGUUAUAUUAUUGAAGUCGGCUUUUAGAAGUUAUUUUAUUAUUUUGUGUGUAAGGGUGUUUUACCUGCAUGUGUUCUCUGUACCACACGUGUGCAGUGUUUGUAGAGACCGGAUGAAAGAGCUGGACACCUUGGUACUGGAGCUAACAAUUGCAAGCCACCGAGUUGCUGGAAGAGCAGCUAGUGCUCUUAACCACUGAGCCAUCUCUCCAGCCGUAUGACUAAAUUGCAUUUGAGUUUCAAAAAGUAAAAAAUUAAGAAAUAUUUUAUUUUUUUAUUGGUGUGUUCCUAUGUAUAUGUACACAUGCACACAUGCAUGCACAUGCAUGUGAGCAUAUUUGCUCUUGGAUUCCAGGAGCAGGUGUCCAGUGCCCUGGAGCUAGAGUUAUAAAUACGUUUAAGCUGCUACACACGGGAGCUGAGAAGCAAGCCCAGGACCUCUGAAAGAGCAGAACGUGCUCCUGGCCACCGAGCCCUCUCUCCAGUCCCCAAAUUCUUACUCUUAAUGAAGAGUGAUGGAAUCGCCAGACAGCAUUCAUUUUAUGUCUUCCUAAUUCUGACUCUGAUUUUCUAGUAUUAUUUGGAAUGAUAUGAAGUCCAUGACUGGGGGUCGUUAUUGUACUUAGCCUCAUGUAACCAGCCUGUAGGACACAUACCUGGCAUGUAAUAGCAUGUGGCAAAUAUUGUCAUGUGAGUGAGUACUAGCUAUAGACACUGUGGUUGGUUUGCAGUCUUAAUGAUAUUAACACAUGUGUUUCACCGUUAUGUUUAAGUUCAGUUUUUAGUGCGAAUACUCUGUGUUAUGUUAGCAUGAUAUUUAAUGAGUGUACUAUUAUAUGAGAAAUAUAUUAUUAUUUGAGCCUGUUGUUAUCUUGCAUUUAGAGUGAUGUCAUGUUGAGGUUUACUUUAGUGAACAAAUGUGGCAAAAAUUGUGGGGGCUAGAUGGAUUGAUGAUAGAUAGAUAGAUAGAUAGAUAGAUAGAUAGAUAGAUUUGUAGGCAGGUUUUUUUUGGUUUUUUUUGUUUGUUUGUUUUUGUUUUUUUGUUUGCUUUGUUUGUUUGUUUGUUUGUUUGUUUUUUUAUAGCCCUGGCUAUCCUGGGACUUGCUCUGUACACUAGGCUGGCCUCAAACUCACAGAGAUCCAUCUGUCUCUGCCUCCCAAGUGCUGGGAUUAAAAGCAUGGGCCACCACCGUCCAGCAGGAGUGCAUAUGUGUCUGACAUAGUUUAACAUUUUGUGAUCACUUAGAAACAAAGGUGUUCAGAGGGGCUAGAGAGAUGACUCAGUCCCCCAAAGUGCCGACCACUCUUCCAGAAGACUCAGGUUCGGUCCCCAGCACCCACUUGGGCAAUCAAUCAUAAGCAUCUAUAAUUCAAAUUCCAGAGUCCGGAACCCUAUUCAGGGGUACAAGAACACACAUGCAUAUGGUACACAGACAUACGUGCAGGCCGAGCAACCAUGCACAUAAAAUAAACGAAUCUUUAAAAAAAAAAACAAAAUUGUUUAGAGUUUGCAGGCGGUGCCUAACUUUUUUCAGUUUGAACUCCAGGGCCAUAUGCUAGACUCACACUCACUGGCGGGUGUCUCUCGGGGCCGUCCACUAAGUCCCUGCUACCCAAGUGCACUAAGCAUCUUCUUGAACAGAGAGAGCCCUUAACAGUGAGCUGAGCAAGCUAUGAUCUACCUGCAUUUGAAAGGCAGCGUGUGGUUCUGAGAUUGAGAAGAGGCAUCAUUGAGUUGGCGACUGUCCAUGAACUAGAAUGAUCUUGAGAGGUUGAAGGGAUAACUAGACUGAUUCUGGUCACAAGGGACACUGGCUUUGGGAAAUUGUCUAUAAAACCAGAAGGAAUGGGUUUAAGGUAAAGAGCUCUUAACGAGGUCCAGGAACACAUCCCUGGCCUAUAGUUCAACAGAUCCAGUGUCCCUCAAAUCUGACGUAAGAUACAACAAAGACUGCGGGGGAGGGGUGUCUCCAUCUUAUGGCAUAGGAAGUAGCUCGACUUCACUUGUGCUGAUUGUUGGUUUUGGACCCUGGGAUAAGGGACCAAAGUGCAUAUUUAGUAUAUCAAGGCAGACCUGGCCUCCAGGUUCUUCCAGCAUCCCUCAGUUCCUUCCUGGCAUACCCUGCCCCCAACCCUGAACUUUCCAGUCCAGGGGCUAGGCUAGGCUGCCCUUCUCCCAGAGGCUCUUUGCUAUAUAACCCAGACAUUUUGUUUUCUCUCUGACUCUUUCUUUCUGUUUGUCUCUCCGUGUCUGUCUAUCUGUCCAUCCGUCUGUCUGUCUGUCUCUCUCUUUCUCUCUCUGUCUACCCCCUUCUUCCCUCCCUCUCUUCCUCUCUCCUUUUCUCUAUUGGCAUGCAUGCUCUCUUUCUUUCUUUCUUUCUUUCUCUCUCUCCUCUACUCUCUCUCUCUCCCUUCCCAUGGUGACCUCCCUGGCCUCCUUCCUUGGAGUCAGAGAACCCACCUGCCCUAGAGCAGCUUCCCUGUAAACCUGCAUUUAAUCUAAUCUAAUCUGGCUUGAAUUGACUCAUUUCACUAGCAGAGAAAUAAUUCAUCACGGAUGACAAACUAUAAAUCAGCCUCCAGAAAAGUGGUAUCCAUUGGAAGAUGACAAAAUCGUGGUCAUAGGAAAACAGCGUGAUCCUUCGGAGGGGUGUCCCAAUGUUUUAGCAUUGCUUUAUAUGAGUCCAAUAAAUGCAUCUAUGUUAUGUAUAAUAGAAAGUGAGGCUCAUUUUUCUAUAAAUAAGAAUAUUUGCUUAGGACCUGGAGAAAUGUCUCGGUGGUUAAGAACAUGUGUUGCUCUUACAGAGGACCUGGGUUCAACUCCCAGCACCCACAACCAUUCCUAAUCUUUAAAACAUGUUUUGGUUUGUUUUAAUUUUAGCUGGUUUUUCAGACUUCCACAGCUUUGAAAAAGGAAGAAAUCAUAAUGUCUCUGGUGUGUUUGUGACAGUCAUUGUUUUGGACAGGAGCAGAGUGCUUUGUGAGCAGUAGGGUGCUGUGGGUGUCUCCCGUGAACAAAGACCAGAUGACUAUUUUCCUGUACCUUUGAACUAUUUGUUUCUUCACAGGACUCUGAGUGGGAUAUCUUGCUAAUAAAUAAGAUGGCCUGCUGUUCAGGUGAACUAGCCUGAACUCUAAGCGAUAAGGCUGUUUGACUUCUGAUGUUUAAGUCUAAUGAAAGGCUAGCUGGGUGGGACCAUCCCUAACUGUCUUUCAAACUCACACCCUCACCUUAACCUUAAGAUUUUACCUCUUGCUUCUUCAGUGGUGGAGAGGUUUGAAGAAGGAAUGAGAGCUUCCUCUCCUUGAGCUGUAGAGUAAGAAGGAUGAAGCCAGCUGGACUGUCCCAACGUCACAUCUAGAUCCCCCUUGGCCUCCUAUCUUUUCCCUUCAGUGAUUGAAAUUGGAAACCCAUUUACUUCUGGCAUUUGCUGUAAGAGAAAAAUGGCCUUUGUGAAGCCAUCCAACUUCAAGAAGAGAUCAUGUUUAAAACAAAAAAACAAAAACAAAAAACAGAUUUAAUUCCUGUAGACUUUGGACCAGUUAGAUGGUUCCGUGGUUAAAAGCCCUUGUCAUGCAAGCUUGAAGUCCCCAAUUUAAAUCCUAGAAAGGCUGGACAAACAUCCCAUACCCAUUUUUCCAGGUUCCCUAAAGACACGUCACCCUAAAGCAAGCAGGAAGUAGUCAGAGAUCAGGACGACCCUAUUCCUGCUCCACCGUCACCCUUCUAAUUUUUCUUUUUCAAUUAAACUAAAAUGGGGGAGUGUAGGUAUUCUGUCUAAGCUCCACCCCCACAGCUACCUGGCAAAAGCUGGGUAAGCUCCGCCCUGCAGUUGCCUGGCAACAGCCAAGUAUGCCUGACUAUAAAAGGGGCUGCUUGCCCCCCCUCUUUCUCUUGCUCUUUGUUCUUCUCUGCUCUCUUGCCCUCUUCCCUGUCCCUUCUCUCUCCAUUCCCCUCCCCACUUCCCCCCACAUGGCCAUGGCUGGCCUUUACUUCUCUCUUCUUCUACUCUUCUUCUCUCAUUAAACCUCUCCAUGUGGAACCAUGUUGACUUGGUGUGUUCUGUCUGGACUCGGGCUGAGAUUUAAACCCCAACAAUCAUUGCAUCCUUAUUGGGUCCUGGAGGAAUCGAACUCCUUUGAACUUUGAACUCCUGUUAUUGACUGCAACUUGCAAAACCAUAAAGCAUGUAUGGAUGUGCAAACACCGGUGCAUGUUCACAAGUACGUGCACGUGCGCGCACGCACGCGCGCACACACACACACACACACACACACACACACAAAUCAAUUAAGACCUUAUGCCAUCUCCCAUAGUAAUAGCCUCUGCACACGAUUCCGAUGUAUGGGAAACACUGCUAAUCCAUAUUAUUCCUUAAGGGCUUGUAACAUGUUUUGUGCUUCUGUUUGGCUUUGAAAAUAUGUUUUAAUUAUAUACCUGGAGGAAUCUUUUCACCUGCCAAUCAGAGGUAUCCACAGCGAGUCUGCACUUGUGUAAGCUCUGUCCAGCGUGACUCUAUCGCAGAUUGCUAGGAUCCGUGUUGCGGAAAGACACUGAUCACCAGGGAUGUCCAGAGAGGUCAUUGCUUCUCAUGUAGAGUCAUAAACCCUGGCUCACAUUGAACUUCAUCUCUUGCUUCUUUCUCUUUAAAACCCAAUACCCCCCUUCGCCAUGGCUAAAAAGAUUAUGCCACUGGAGUGUUGUGUGGUAAGAGCGGUGGGCACAGUAUGAGUUUUUGAGAAGUUCAGGUCUUUUGACUUAGAAUAUGAUUCUGUAUCAUUAUUUAAAAGCAUCAUGGAUAAUACUACCAGUAUAGGCAAAAACAAACAGAGAUGAUAAGUAUCUUCUAUGUGCUCCAUAGAGCCGUUGUGAGGGUUGUUCAGUGGCCACCGAGGUGUAUAGGAUGGUCAGUGAGGUGGAUUUUUUUUCCCCUCAAGAUUGCCACAGCAGUAGUGGGAACUUUGCCGCCCAAGCUUAAUGAACCUUCAGAUUAAACUCGUGUCUCUUUGCUAACAGUGGGAGUUGGCCCUGAUUUCUGAAUCUCUAUUAUUCUCUGUUUUCUCCUGUGUGGAAUGGAGACAAAAGGCCCAACAGGGUACGGUUGUUGAGAGGAGUGACUGAAAGGGGCCUUACACAAUGCUCAGGGUAAUCCAUUCACAGCGAGUGAAUGCUGGGUCCGUUGUUGGCACUGGAUGAGUGAGUGGGCUUGGCACAUAUGGAUGUGUGUUUGCAAAUAGAAAGAGAUCGCCAGAGAAUUACAAUACCAAAACAGAGUCUGGGUUUCCUGUGAGGUCUGAGGCUGCUGUGUGCUUCUUUAAGAAAGUCUCAGAGACCGGGUAAGUCAAGUACUCUAUUAGGUUUGAGGGCUGGGAGGUCCAAAAUCAAGAUGUGGGCAGGUGAAGUUGUCUGGUGAGACCUUCGUUCUUGGGAGACCUGUAUUCAUAGGUGAAUCUGAUUGGGCAAGAGGACCAAUGCUGUCUGGAAGCCUGUUUUGUGAUUUCUAAGGGGAGAAGCUAUCUUUUAACAACCCUGGUUAUCAGCCACUGAGUAUUAGCAUCUGACUUUUGACCUUUAUUGGUUCUUUAAAUUAUUGUAGUUGGGUAACCAAGAAUGAAAUUAAAGCAGAAUCACACACACACACACACACACACACACACACACACACACACAUGUUUGCACACUAAAAUUAUAUCAUACAGAGAACUUUUUCCAUGUGCUCAUUGCAGCGUAUUCUAGAAAACUCGCCCUGCCUGGUAACCCCAGUACGCUAAUUUGCAUUCUCUCCGGCCAGCGGUGGAAUUGACAAUAUUUUAAACGUACUUUUGAGUCGUGAUGACCAAAGUGGAACCGAAAGCAGUGUUUACAGAAAAACUGAAAUUAGAAACCAUAAUGCACAUCAUAAUUUGGAAGUUACUCCGUUAUUUCUCUCUCUCUCAGGAAAGCGCUGUCGGGAUGCUUUAUGGAGGUGUCAGCUUUCAGAAACAGUCUCGAAGAAACCACAGUGCCUAAGAGGGAAAGUACCCUUCAGGUCCUUCCCUUCCCCAGCCAGGUGGUGUACAACAGAGUCGGCAAGUGUGGCAGUCGCACCGUGGUCCUGCUUCUGAGAAUCUUGUCAGAAAAGCACGGCUUCAAAUUGGUCACGUCAGACAUUCACAACAAAACCAGGCUUACUAAAAAUGAACAAAUGGAACUGAUUAAGAAUAUAAGUACCGUCGAACAGCCCUAUUUAUUCACGAGACACGUCCACUUCCUCAACUUCUCCAGGUUUGGAGGAGACCAGCCCGUCUACAUCAACAUCAUCAGAGACCCCGUCAGUAGAUUUCUAUCCAACUAUUUUUUCCGUCGCUUCGGAGACUGGAGAGGGGAACAGAAUCACAUGAUCCGCACCCCCAGCAUGAGGCAGGAGGAGCGCUACCUGGACAUCAAUGAGUGCAUUCUGGAAAACUACCCCGAGUGUUCCAACCCCAGGCUAUUUUACAUCAUCCCGUAUUUCUGUGGACAGCACCCCAGAUGUAGGGAGCCUGGCGAAUGGGCACUGGAGCGGGCCAAGCUGAACGUGAAUGAAAACUUCCUGCUUGUGGGGAUUCUGGAGGAGCUGGAAGAUGUGCUGCUUCUACUGGAGAGAUUUUUACCUCAUUACUUCAAGGGCGUGCUCAGCAUCUACAAGGACCCAGAGCAUAGGAAACUUGGCAACAUGACUGUGACCGUGAAGAAGACUGUCCCCUCUCCCGAGGCGGUGCAGAUUCUCUACCAGAGGAUGAGAUACGAGUACGAGUUCUACCACUACGUCAAAGAACAGUUCCACCUGCUUAAGCGCAAGCUCGGACUGAAGUCUCGCGCGAGCAGACCUCCCCUGAGACCACAGUUCUUCAUUCCCACCCCUCUGGAGACUGAGGAGCCAAUCGAUGACGAGGAGCAAGACGACGAUGAGAAAUGGCUAGAAGAUAUUUAUAAGAGGUGAUGCCAGCACCAGAUUGCCUCUGUGGCUUCGUCCCCCUCUUUACGAAGUUCUCUGGGGAAGAAAAAAAAAUCUGAAGGGGACUUUCAUUAAUGCUCGGGUGCAUUAAAAAGAACAAAACAUUCCCACAUGUUGGGGUCAUUGGGAGAUGCCCGGUUUUGCGGGUUUUAUUUGUUUAAUUUUAUUCUCUUGUGUUUUUUUUUUUUUUUUAUUCCUCCUUGAGGCUUUUCCAGAUACACUAGAUGGCUCCACCACAAGGCACCUCUUCAGAAAAUAGCCUUCCCCGGUCCCCUACCCCUUCCUUUCAGUUUGAGGCGAGAGAAGCCUACCCUUUAACCUAGUCAUUUUAUCAUUUGUAAGACGGCUGCAAAAAUAUUACACCCAUGGUAAAGAUAUCCAGACUUGUAUCUUAUAGGAACAACCAUUUCAGAGAAGGGAUCUCGAAGCAUCUAGUUAGUGGAAGGAACACAAGAGGGUGGAUCCACUGGUUACGGGGUUUCUGCUCCCCACUCCCACCUCACCCCGUCGGUAGCUCUGCCUGGCUCAUGGAGACACUGUCCCCAAGAACUGAGGGAACAAGUUAGUGUCUGGCACCCACCCUCUCAACAAUUCAGAGCUUGGGAAGCUUGUUCAUAUCAAAGUGUGUGCAUGGUAAGCUCCAUUGAGAACUUCCAUUCUCACGUAUCAUUGUGCUUAGAAGGAACAUAUCGAGGAACGACGUCAGCUCGCUACGUCAGGUGUUGGCAGGGCAGGUCAAAAACGAGGGGCCUCGUGGCAUCAGGAAAUCUCUCAGCCUCCCGGAAUUGUCGCAUGCGCAAGCGCCAGAAACCGAUUGACCUUUGACUUCGAUGUGUAUGGCAGGAAUCCUAAGCUUGAUUGCACUCUGUAUACAAUCCCCAACGCACACUCAUAGCCAAAUUGGGCUUUACAGAAACUGGUGUCUUUCAUUCCUUCUAGACCUGCAGGAACUGUUGUGUUCAGUAACUAAGGAUUCCUAAUCCUGCCCUAGCAACAGUAGAACCAUUUUUAAUAGAACCUGUUUGCCCCCAGAACCCUUCCCAGGGACACCAAUGCCAGAGACCUCAGUGCCACAAACAGUGUCUGGGCAGGACACUGCUUGGCUACCUUUUGAGUAGGUUGGUGCCCCAACGUGAUCUAAAGUAAACACUGGGCAAUACUUUUGCACCAAAAUAUCCCUCGCACUUCUGUAUUCCUGUCAGCUCCCCACUACCCAGGAUGCUCUGCUCCUUUAGUUCCUGAAUUGAGUCUUUUUAAAGUCAUGAACAUUUUAAAAUUUCAUAUUCUCACUGGUAGAUGUAAUGCAACUGGAGAAGCCAGACUGCAGUGGUAGCAGCAGGAAGGACAUUGGCGACAACUUGUGUCUGCCUCAGGUUUGUCCCAGAGCCUGCCAUUAAAGAGCACUAGCCAAGUAGGUUAGACGUGCUUAAGAUAAACAAGAUUCUAGCUGGACACAUUUUGUACUUUGCAGAAGCCAUCAAGUCUCUUUAGAAUUUUUUUUUUUUUUUUUUUUUUGGUUCUUUCACUAAAACUGGACACUGGCCAAGGUCUGAAGCCCGUCGUUUGAAAAACUGUCCAGUAUGUGCUGAAGUUCCUUCAUCAUGAAAUGCGUUAAGAUGGCUCCCCGACCACAGGCAUGCUGGGAAAGCAGGGACCACAGAGGUAGAAGUCUAGCACUGGCCACUCACGGGCCUCCUUUCUGCCCCAGGGAACUGAAUAAGGAAGCUGUUCACAGAGGGGGAAAUAUCCUUUGUCCUGUUCAGAGAGAGCUGGUCCUUUCCAUUAAUUAGACUCUGGAGAGCAACACAGAAAACAUCUGCUACCAUUUUCCAAACAAGUACGAGGACUGCAGUGUAGUGCUUUGUAAGUCCUCUUCCUUGGCAUGACAUCUACGGUGAUGGUUAUUACCCACGGUGAUGGUUAUUACCCACUGAGAUCCCACAGUCAAAGGUAAAGCUGCAUUGGCCAGGUUCUCUCAGCUGCUGUCCAAACAUCGGGACAGCUGGUCACCCAUAAAGGUCCCCUGCUCUCUAGAAGGUUGCACAGCACUUGGUGCGUGUUUGAAAGCAUUUAUUCUCACCCGUGGCUACCACUAUCACACCACAGGAGAGGGGAUUGGCUGACUAGUUGCAGGACCCUCCCGGUAUCUCGUCCUAGCACACAGUCCCUACACCCUAAAAGUCAAGGUACUUCAUUAGCUCGCUUGGGCCCUGGCCCAGUAUAGUUUGUACUUCAUGAAAUAUAUUGUACAUUUUACAUAGUUUAAUUUAAAAAGAAAAUACAUUUUAAGCUAGUUGGUCCUUGCCUUAUUUAUUAUAACUUUUCAGCACAUUCCAAGGUUUUAGUUACUCAGGAAGGAGUUAAUUAAAAUGAUUUUAUUUUGGUCGGAUGAGCUUUUUUUUUUUUUUUUUAAGAAAAAAUUAUUCUUAUGAGCCUUCGGCUGGUUCUCCUUGUAUGCUGUAAAAGUGCUUGUGAGUCUUUCUUUUUUUUGUUUGUUUGUUUAAGUAUUAAAAAAUGGUGUUUGACAUUGAUGGAAGUUCAAAAAUAUAUAUGGAACUAAAGCACUAGCUUAGCUAAAAUAAAAACAAUCUGUGUCUGAGGUGAAGCACUCCUUAAUUUAUUCAUUACCCAUAGAGAUAAAUGAAUAUAAAUAAGUUGACUUUUUUUUUCUGUUAUUUUGGUAGCUGGAAAUUAAAGACUUCCCUCAUUCCUCAA